GUAAUGAAUCAAACAGUGGUCACCUGGUUCAUACUCCUGGGUUUUCAGAAUAUUCCUAACUACAAAGGUUUCCUCUUCCUAGCAUUUCUUCUCCUCUAUGUGGUCACCAUAUCAGGCAACCUCUUGAUCAUCUUUCUGGUGGCAGCAAGUCAAAGUCUUAGCUCUCCUAUGUACUUUUUCCUAAGCCACCUGUCAUCUUGCGAUCUUCUCCUGAGCUCCGUAAUCGUCCCUUUGAUGAUGAACAUUAUAUUAAAUGUGAAAGGAUCCAUUUCAUUCUUUGGCUGCAUUACCCAGUUUUAUCUUUUUGGAGCUCUGGCCACAACAGAAUGUCUUCUUCUUGCAGUUAUGUCUUACGACCGUUACGUGGCCAUAUGCAACCCAUUACGAUACUCUUCAAUCAUGGACCUUCCUAGAUGCACCCUGCUAGUUUUUUGGUCCUGGUUUUUAGCAUUUACUGUCAUGUUGACCACGGCUAUUCAGAUGGGUAGACUAGAUUUUUGUGGUCCCAAUGUUAUUGAUCAUUUCUUCUGUGACCUGGCUCCUCUCCUGCAGCUAUCAUGUUCAGACACAACUUUUAUGCAGAUUCAUAAUCUUAUUACGGGUCUUCCAGCAACCUCUAUCCCUUUAAUGUACAUUACUGGUACAUAUAUUUCUAUCUUCAUCACAAUAGUCAGAAUACCUACCAAAAUUGGCAGACAAAAAGCCUUCUACACUUGUAGUUCCCACUUGACAGUUGUGUCCAUCUAUUAUGGGACUUUGGUUGUUGUCUAUCUUCUUCUUUCUAAAGAGCAUGAAUUAAAUAUUAACAAAGUACUUUCCUUGCUAUAUACCGUGGUCACUCCAUUGGUAAACCCUAUCAUCUAUAGCUUCAGGAACAAGGAGAUCAAAAUAGCUUUUUCCAAAAUAGUUCUCAUGAAAAAAAAAAUGGGAUAAAUGAGAAUUGACCAUAGGUAUAAGGAAAGGGAUUUGGUAAAAAGCAUUCUGCAG